AUGGUGGAGACUAUGUUGGCCAUGUCGAAGAAGGCGCGCACCCUGCGGAAGAAGCUGAGGCAGAUAGAGACAUUGAAGGUCAUGAAGCAGAGUGGGCAGAGGCUGCUAGAGGAGCAGGAGAUCAAAAUCGCGUCUGAAGAAGAGUUCCGAAGAAACCUGUUCGAGCUUGAAUCGAUCCUCAAUGCUGAGGAUGGGGAGUCUCCCGAUGAAGACAGCUCGCAAGCUCACAGAGAAGUCCAUGAAGAUGCUGGCGUCUCGCUCCCGACAGAAGACGCUCCUCAGGAAGAGGACGCUGAUACUGCGGAAGAACACGCUUUCAACGCAGACUCUUUUGAUCCCGGGGAACAGGAGGGGAACGAUGACGAUGGAUGGGUAGUGAAGGGAAGAGGAAGGAAGCAAGUCCCCUCCAUGAAGAAACAUUUCUCUGCCAGGAUCGAAGUCUCGAGGAUUCAGAGGUUGGGUCAGCUCUUGCAAGAAUCUCAGGAGGAGGCGAAGGGGGAGGAGGAGGCAGAGCAGACAAGCUCGCAGGAUGUGAAACACGUCGUUGAAGCGAGCAAGGCGAAAGAGGAGAAGAGAAAGUCGGCCGAAGACGAGGAGGAGGAGAGAGUUGCGGAGGGGUGGAAGGAGGGGUACCUGAGGCAAACUUCGAUUGAAGCGCAUAGAAACGCUGUGUCUAGCGUGUUUGUCACCAAAGACAAGCUGCUGUCUGGAGGAUUCGAUGGAGCCUUCAAGGUGUGGGAACUUGCCAGCGGGACGCUGCUGAAGACCCUGGGCGGCCACACGAGUGUCGUGAGGUCAGUGGCCGGGGAUGACAAGGAGCUUUACAGCGCGUCCGACGACUGCAUGCUCAUCGUAUGGGAUGCUGCGUCAGGAAAGAUGUUGAGGAGCAUAAAUUGUUUCGCUCCCAUCCGCGCGAUGAAAGUUUCCUUCUCCAAGUCCCUGAUCGUCACUGGGCAUUCAGACAAGACCGUCAGACUUUACAAGGCUGGCAGCGAGGGGACGGUGAACGCCAUGCAUACAUUCAGGGCGCACGAGGGUCGCAUCCUCAGCCUAGAGCUCUGCAGAGACGCUCAGAUCCUGAUCAGCACCGACGAAAGGGGAGGGAAGAGGUGGAAGGAAGAGGAGAGAGGAGGAUCAGCUGUACAGAGGAGCUGCGAUCGUGUGGGACUUGGAGAGCAAGACGAAACUUUACUCGUGCGAGAGAUCGCAGGAGAACCUCGUGCGUAA